AUGUCGUCCAACAAGACUGAGGAUACUAAGAAACCGACGGGCAACAGCUCGGACGAAUUGACCGCGGUCGUUGAGGAACUAUUGAAUUCCUUAUCAAGCAAGUUUGACGGCGUCUCCAGCGAAAUCUUCGCUAAGAUGGAUGAUAUGGCGCGUCGGCUGGACAACCUUGAGGCUUCACUUCAAGCUAACGAGGAGAAUGGCGUAAACUCAUCACCCAGAACAUGA